UCUUUUACACUGCUUUUUCAGUCUCUCUCUUCAUACAUAAGGCCCCAUCUCCUCUCACUCUCUCUCUCUCUCUUAAACCACGGAGAAGAAGCAUUUUCUCUCACUACAUUUCCGGCAUUCUUCUUCUGGGAAACCAGGGAGAUCCAAUAAAGAAGAGCCCAACCUUGAAAACCUGUGCAACCUGAAGUAACCCAUCAAAGUCCUUCCUUUCUCUCUCUAGGAACCAGUCUACUACCUCUCCUUCUUUUACUCUCACUGAGGAGCUCAUCUGUUGCUGACACUCACCAAAACCUGGCAUUUUUAGUGGAGUUCUCUCUCUAAGACACCACCCAAAAAUUGCUAAAUCAUCCUAUCAAAUCUCCUCUUUUUAGUCCCAUUUAGAAGCUAUCUUCCCAAAAAAGAAAAGUCCACCAUUAUCGGCCUUUUUAGUAAGAGAAUCAGUGAGAUCCACACUGUGAGGAAACUCCCCUGUUUUAUCCUGAAAACCUCUAUAAAACGACAAAGUGCUCCACCCAAUUAAAACCCAUCAUCUAAAACAAUCAGAUUUGCUAAAAGCCACUUCAAAUUGACCCCAUAAACUGCAAGUUCUAUCAAUUUCUCUGAGAGAAACAGUGGUGGGAGAGAGAAAGCUUAGAGAGAGAUUGAGCUUUAAAGAGGAAGAGAAAGAUGAGCAUGUAUGGUAGAGACCCAUGGGGGGGUCCAUUGGAGAUCAAUGCAGACUCUGCAACAGACGAUGAUAGGAGUCGAAAUUUACAGGAAUUUGAUCGAGCUGCUCUUUCACGACAACUCGAUGAGACCCAACAAAGCUGGCUCUUGGGGCCGGGAGAACAAAAGAAGAAGAAGUAUGUCGACCUUGGUUGCAUAAUCGUGAGCAGGAAGUUGUUCAAAUGGACAGUUGGGUCCAUUCUGGUUUGUGGGCUUCUUGCUGGUUUGAUAACUCUCAUUGUGAAGACAGUUCCUAGACAUCACCAUGCGAAGCCACCUCCUGAUAAUUAUACUCAGGCUCUUCAUAAGGCUCUCAUGUUCUUCAAUGCGCAGAGAUCUGGGCCUCUACCCAAGCAUAAUAAUGUAUCAUGGAGAGGGAACUCAGGCAUGAAAGAUGGGCUCUCUGAUCCUUCUGCAAGAAAAAAUUUGGUGGGUGGUUUCUACGAUGCUGGAGACGCAAUCAAAUUCAAUUUUCCGGCUUCUUUUGCGAUGACAAUGUUGAGUUGGAGUGUAAUAGAGUAUAGUGCAAAGUAUGAGGCCGCAGGUGAACUCAACCAUGUUAAAGAAAUCAUCAAAUGGGGAACCGACUACUUUCUCAAGACCUUUAACAACUCUGCUGACACCAUCGACAACAUUGCUGCUCAGGUUGGAUUGGGGGACACAUCUAAAGGUGCCUCGAGCCCUAAUGACCAUUACUGUUGGAUGAGACCAGAGGAUAUCGACUACCCCCGUCCUGUCACUGUGUGCCACAGUUGCUCUGACCUUGCUGCCGAAAUGGCAGCUGCCUUGGCUGCAGCGUCCAUUGUUUUUAAAGACAGCAAAACAUACUCCCAAAAGCUUGUUCAUGGAGCCAAGACCUUAUUCAAAUUUUCAAGGGACCAAAGGGGUCGUUAUAGUGCAGGGGGAGUCGAGGCCUCGAUAUUUUAUAACUCCACUAAUUAUUAUGAUGAGUAUGUUUGGGGUGGGGCUUGGUUGUAUUAUGCAACUGGUAACUCAUCUUAUUUGCAACUGGCCACCACUCCUGGUAUUGCUAAGCGUGCAGGUGCCUUUUGGGGGGGCCCUGAUUACGGGGUUUUGAGUUGGGAUAACAAGCUUGCCGGUGCUCAGGUUUUGUUAAGCAGGUUGAGACUCUUCCUCAGUCCUGGAUACCCAUUUGAAGAAAUGCUCAAGACUUAUCACAACCAGACUAACAUUAUAAUGUGCUCGUACCUGCCUGUUUUUACCAGCUUCAAUCGCACUAAAGGAGGACUUAUACAGUUAAACCAUGGAAGGCCUCAACCUCUUCAGUAUGUUGUGAAUGCGGCCUUCCUUGCUUCAAUCUAUGCUGAUUAUCUCGAUGCUGCUGAUACCCCUGGUUGGUAUUGUGGCCCCACUUUCUUCUCCAAGGAUGUUCUACGCAAUUUUGCAAGAACCCAGAUUGAUUACAUUCUAGGUAAGAACCCGCGAAAGAUGAGCUAUAUUGUGGGUUUCGGAAACCACUAUCCAAAACACGUGCACCAUAGAGCAGCUUCAAUCCCUAAGAACAAGAUCAAGUACUCUUGCAAGGGUGGGUGGAAAUGGAGGGACACACCCAAGCCUAGCCCAAAUACACUUGUGGGGGCAAUGGUGGCAGGACCCGACAAGCAUGAUGGUUUCAAAGAUGUAAGAGGAAACUACAAUUACACCGAGCCCACUCUCGCUGGCAAUGCUGCUUUAGUGGCUGCUUUGGUUGCUCUCUCCGGUGAGUCACAUUCCAUCGACAAGAAUACCAUCUUCUCUGCGGUGCCACCCAUGUUCCCUACUCCCCCACCACCUCCGACUCCUUGGAAACCUUGAGAGAGAGAGACAGAGAGAGAUAUAGAGGGAGAGAGAGCCACCACAAUCCUUUGUAGGAUAGCAGUAUUUACUUGUUCUUAAGCUAGAAAAAGCGGGGCUAGAGAAUGAAGAGAGAUUACAUGGGGUCUUUGAUGUUGGGGAUUUGCUUGUUCUUAAUCUUUGUUGUGUUCAUAGUUUGUAGGUAUAAUAUUCUUGAUUGUUUUUCACUCUCUAUGUGCUCUGUGUGACAUAUAGAGUGAUACUUUGUAUUUGCUAAUACUUUUUGACUACCCAAAGAGGGAUGCUGAUGAUAAAAGAAUCAUGUAAUUUGUGCCCGUCCUUUUGUGCAUCUGGUUUCAAUA